AUGGCGCUGAGGAGUCAUAUUAUCCGUUCUGCGGCCGCGCUGGUGGCUGUUCUCGUGGGGCACCCAGCGAUGACAGCAGCUGCGCGUGGUGGCCGAUGGUGCGAGGUGGAGGUCGAGAGCACGGACCCAGCCUCCCGCAGCGCUGCUGCACAGCGCCGCCGCCUCCUCGACAGGGUCAAGGCCCUGACGGCCGUCGACGCCUCGGACAGGCAGCGGGCGUGCGCUCGGCCCCUGUCCACGCGCGCCCCGGCCCGACUUGAGCGGGAGAAGGGGCGGAACUUGAUGGCGCAAGCGCCUCAGACGCUCCUUUGUGCCGCGAAUGGGGCAGCUGGUUGCGUGCAGACUCUGCUGAGCAGCGGCUCGGACCGAGAGGGCGACGACCCCGAUGACCUGCUGGGGCGACCCCCUGCUGCGCUCGUGGCAGCCACUGAGACGAGCCCGAUGUCGACGACAGCGAAGUUGGUCGAGCCUCUGAGUGCGCUGCCGAAGACGGAGCCUCAGGCGUCGUGCACGGACGCUCUCGCCCAGCCCUGGGCGCCUGGGCGCUGGCAGAGGGCGUCGGGCGUUCUCUCCACCCCUGCCCGGGCGAAUGGGCAGCUGCUGGAUGCGGAAUGGCGCCGUAGCGAACAGCGGGAGGAGGACCCGCAUCUUGCCACAAUGACCGAUGAUGAGGCUUCGGUGGUCUGCCGGGACUUUGACGCCCCCUGCGUCCGCGUGGCCCACCCCGAAAGUGGGCUGACUGGGGCGCGCUACCAACCGGUGCAGACUCAGCUGGAGGCGUCGCCAACGCGACUGGACACGACGUCGGAGAGGCUCUCGAAGACGCAGAUGGUGACGGCGGAGGUGUUCGCACACCAUUUGAAGGAGGCGGUCAUUGGGGCCUUGAUGCGGCCAGUUGAGCUCCGCAUCGACGCACUCGAGGCGAAUCCCACGACCGCGAUGCGCGUGCCGAUCCACUUCCAGAAGACGUUCGAGCCGACUCUCCUUAUGAAGGCGUUUGUGCUGAUAGUCUUCCUGCUAACGUUCGAGAUAGGAGAUUCAGACCCCGCCCACUUUCUCAAGCUCAACUCGGCGUUCCUGUACGUGCCGACCUUAUUCCCGGCGUCGUCUGUGCCGGUCUUCCUCCUCAUGAUGCUCGCGCCGAUGUGUUUCCAGAGGGCGUUCGAGCCGAUCCUCUGCCAGGUGAUGCCCGUGCCGAUCCGCUUCCAGAUGGCGCGCAGGCCGAUAUUCGGCCAGAUGACGUCCGUGCUGGCACUCUUCCUGAGCACGUGCGAGCCGCUCUUAUUCCAGACGUCGCUCGUGCCGAUCUUCUUCUUCUUCUUCUUCUUCUUCUUCUUCUUCUUCAGGAUGCUCGCGCCGAUGGAGCCGAUCUUCCUCCUGCAGGCUAUCGCCCUGGGCGCCAGGGUGCCGCUGGUGCUGGCCUGCUUCCCACUGGUGCUCGCGACCGCCCCUAUGGAUAUCAAGAGGUCCACCACCAUGACGAGCCAGAGUGCGUCGUACAGGGUCCAGGAGUACACAGACCCGCGGCUGGACCUCUUCCCCUCCGCCGCGGAGCUGCGGGGGCGCGGCUUGGUAGCGACGCUGCGGCCUGGGGACGUGCUGUGGCUCCCGAGCCACUGGUGGCACGCCGUGCAGUCUCUGGAGGAGGAGACGCUGUCCCUGAACUUCUGGUUCAAUCCACCCGCGAGUGCAGCGCAUUUCCCGCCCGACCACGCGGACGUGGAGCUCGCCCGGGACCUCGAGGCCAUCGUGCACGCCGCGAUCGGCCCGGAGGCCACCGAGCAGUUCUUCCGCUCGUGGGGCGCCGCCGAGCCCCCGGCCACCGCCGGGCAGCUGGAUCUGCGCCUGGCGCUGCUAAUGAUCGUGCACCAGCUGAGGAUAGCCGGUAGGCUCCUCGGCGCGGAGGAUGCAGCGCACGUGUUGCGCUUCCUGGACGCCCGGCGCUACGCGGGCCUGCAAUUCGCGGCCUUGCGUCAGCCGGCGCCUGCGAUGGCGGUGGGCAGGCCCCGCCCGGGCUCUUCAUUCCUGGCGGCGGCGUACUGCGCGGCCCGGGCGCGCGCGGGCGGCCGGUUGGCGAGCGCGGCGUGCCGCAGCCGGCUGCAG